AUGGUGCAAGUGCACAAAGUAACGAGGAGAAUGGUAAUUCAGCUGAUGGGAAUUCAUGCAAGGGCUCCGAGACAACAUCCAGCAUGGCUUCAUCAAGUCACAAGCAGAGAUGAAUCUUUUCUCGACCUUUCCAUCGAUAUUGAACAGAAUUCUUCGGUCACAUCUUGCCUGAGACAAUUUUCUGCAAGUGAGAUUUUGUGUCACAAGAAUAAAUUUUUUUGUGAUGUAUGUUGUGGUUUACAAGAGGCCGAAAAAAGAAUGAAAAUCAAAAAAUUGCCAAAUGUACUGGCUCUUCAUUUGAAGCGAUUCAAGUAUCAGGAAAAGCUACAACGAUAUAUAAAAUUGUCAUAUAGGGUUCUCUUUCCGUUUGAGUUAAGACUGUUCAAUACGUGUGACGAUAUCGAAGAUCCAGAUCGUCUAUAUGAGCUCUAUGCUAUAUGUGUUCACAUCGGGAGUGGUCCAUACCAUGGCCAUUACAUAACAUUGGUGAAGAGCAUGGGACAAUGGCUUCUGUUUGAUGAUGAUAACGUUGAGUUUGUAGAUGAACCUGAUACUCAAAAGUAUUUUGGGGAUCUGCCGGGGUCCGGAUCGGGUUAUGUGCUGUUUUACCAAGCAUGUGAUUUAGAUCUUAGUUCCCUUGGUUUAUCGAGCGCUGUAUGGACGAACAAUAAUGCUUCGGGAUCAAGUUCCUCAUCAGCAGAGUUUGAUGCAUCAGCUGAAACCAAUGAUCCACUCGCAUCAGAUUCUGUGGUGCAAAUAAAUGGCACGGAUAAUAACUCCCAGGUUACGAGUAGCAAUGAUGAUUCACGAACUGAUCGUAAACAGUGGCUAUUGGGCAGCGGGAGAAAAAAGGAUCAUAAUAUCCCAGACAGACGAAAGUCUCACGCCGAUGCAGAUACUGUGAGAGAUAACGACGAAAGCCAAAAUUUCAGUCAUGAGAAAGAACGAUCAUGGUUUGGAGUCUCACGUUCCAAUUCUAAGUCUCAUAAGGAAAAGGAUAAGAAAGAGGACAAAGAGGAAAAAAAAUUGACUUCGAAUUUAGAAUCUUUGUUUGAGGAAUCUGAAACUAAUAGCAGCACGAGCAACAAAAAAGAUAAGAAAGCAGAGAAAGAAGGGAAGAAAAAGGAGAAGAAAUUAAAAUCAGAGAAGAAGUUGGAAAAAUUAUCAACAGCUGGCACCAAUGAAACUAUUUAA